UGCCGUUCGUGGGAGUUGUGGAGGCCGUGGCGACCAGCGAGCCGCCGCCGCUCAUGCUACUGAGCUGCAGACGCCGCAGAGCGCCGGGGAUGCCAGCAUGCCUCACUUCACCGUGGUGCCGGUGGAGGAUCAGGCCCAGGCCCGCUACGACAGCCUGGAGGGGAUCAACUGGGUGGACUACAGGGACCGGCCUGGGGGGCAGGACACCGUGAGCUCCGAUGGACUCGGGCCUCAUAAAGAAGACAGUCCGUUCCUCGAUGGCGUUCCCAAGAGGAACGACUUCUACGACAGGAACCUGGCGCUGUUCGAGGAAGAGCUGGACAUCCGGCCGAAGGUCUCCUCCCUGCUCAGCCGCCUGGUCAGCUACACCAACAUCACCCAGGGAGCGAGGGAGCACGAGGAGGAGGAGAGCGCCUCGCGGAGGAAGACCCCCAAGUCUCCCAACAUGGGCACCCUGAUGGGCGUGUACCUGCCGUGUCUUCAGAAUAUCUUCGGCGUGAUUCUUUUUCUCCGGCUGACGUGGAUCGUCGGGACGGCCGGCGUCAUGCAGUCGCUGCUCAUCGUCCUCAUGUGCUGCUCCUGUACGAUGCUCACCGCCAUCUCCAUGAGCGCCAUCGCCACCAACGGAGUCGUUCCAGCCGGAGGCGCGUACUUCAUGAUCUCCCGCUCUCUGGGCCCUGAGUUCGGAGGCGCCGUGGGUCUGUGCUUCUACCUGGGCACCACCUUCGCCUCGGCCAUGUACAUCCUGGGCGCCAUCGAGAUCUUCCUGAAAUAUCUGGUCCCCCAGGCGGCCAUCUUCCACGCCACGGACCCCCCGGGGAGCGACGGCGCCAUGCUGAACAACAUGCGCGUGUACGGCUCCGUGUGCCUGGGCCUGAUGGCCGUGGUCGUGUUCGUGGGGGUCAAGUACGUCAACAAGCUGGCGUCCCUGUUCCUGGCCUGCGUCAUCAUCUCCAUCGUCUCCAUCUACGCCGGGGCCCUCAAGUCCCUGACGCACCCCCCCGAGUUCCCGAUCUGCAUGCUGGGGAACCGGACGCUGGUGAGGGACGGCUUCGACGUCUGCUCCAAGACGGUAACGCGGGGCAACGUGUCGGCGCCCAGCCGGCUGGCGGAGAGCUUCUGCCCGUCGGGCAACGGGAGCGACGCCCCGUGUGACGACUACUUCACUCACAACAACCUGACGGAGAUCCAGAGCAUCCCCGGCCUGGGCAGCGGCAUCCUCAGAGAGAACAUGUGGAGCGACUACCAACACAAAGGGGACAUCCUGGAGAAAGCCGGCCUCCAGUCGGCGGACGGCCGCGGCGCCGUGGAGAACUUCGGCUUGUACGUGUCGGCCGACAUCGCCACGUCCUUCACGCUCCUCGUGGGCAUCUUCUUCCCGUCUGCAACGGGUAUCAUGGCGGGCUCCAACCGCUCUGGUGACCUCCGGGAUGCUCAGAAGUCCAUCCCCGUGGGAACCAUCUUAGCCAUCACCACUACUUCCCUUGUUUAUUUCAGCUCCGUGAUCUUGUUUGGGUCGUGCAUCGAAGGAGUCGUCCUCAGGGACAAGUUUGGGGACGCCGUUCAGAGGAACCUGGUGGUGGGGACGCUCUCCUGGCCGUCUCCGUGGGUCAUCGUCAUUGGCUCCUUCUUCUCUACCGUGGGGGCGGGGCUUCAGUCCCUCACUGGCGCUCCCCGACUCCUCCAGGCCAUCGCCAAGGACAACAUCAUCCCGUUCCUCAGGGUGUUUGGUCACGGGAAGAUGAACGGAGAGCCCACCUGGGCCCUGCUGCUCACCGGGCUCAUCGCGGAGCUGGGCAUCCUCAUCGCCUCUCUGGACAUGGUGGCCCCCAUCCUCUCCAUGUUCUUCUUGAUGUGCUAUCUUUUCGUGAACCUCGCCUGUGCCGUUCAGACUCUUUUACGCACGCCCAACUGGAGGCCGAGGUUUAAAUAUUACCACUGGGCUCUGUCCUUCCUCGGCAUGAGCAUGUGUCUGGCCCUGAUGUUCAUCUCCUCCUGGUACUACGCUCUGGUGGCCAUGGUGAUCGCUGGGAUGAUCUACAAAUACAUAGAGUACCAAGGAGCGGAGAAGGAGUGGGGAGAUGGAAUAAGAGGCCUGUCCCUCAGCGCUGCGCGUUACGCCCUGUUGAGACUCGAGGUCGGACCCCCGCACACCAAGAACUGGAGGCCUCAGCUGCUCGUGCUGUUGAAGCUCGACGAGGACCUCCACGUGAAAUACCCUCGUCUUCUCACCUUCGCCUCGCAGCUGAAGGCGGGAAAGGGUCUGACCAUUGUGGGCUCCGUCGUCCAGGGCAACUUCCUGGACAGCUAUGGGGAAAUGCAGGCGGCCGAGCAGGCCAUUAAGAAUAUGAUGGAGAUCGAGCGAGUCAAAGGUUUCUGCCAGAUCGUGGUGGCGUCGAAGGUGCGGGAGGGCAUCGUCCACCUGAUCCAGUCCUGCGGUCUGGGGGGCAUGAAGCACAACACUGUGAUGAUGGGCUGGCCUUACGGCUGGAGGCAGAGCGAGGACCCUCGCGCCUGGAAGACUUUUAUCAACACAGUUCGCUGCACCACCGCUGCCCACCUGGCCCUGAUGGUGCCCAAAAACGUGUCCUUCUACCCGAGCAACCACGAGCGCUUCACCGAUGGCAACAUCGACGUCUGGUGGAUCGUCCACGAUGGGGGGAUGCUGAUGCUGCUGCCUUUCCUGCUCAAACUUCACAAAGUUUGGAGGAAAUGCCAGAUGCGUAUCUUCACUGUAGCCCAGAUGGACGACAACAGCAUCCAGAUGAAGAAAGAUCUGGCCAUGUUCCUGUACCAGCUGAGGAUAGAGGCCGAGGUGGAGGUGGUGGAGAUGCACGACAGUGACAUCUCAGCGUACACCUAUGAGAGAACGUUGAUGAUGGAGCAGAGGUCCCAGAUGUUGAGGCAGAUGAGGCUGUCCAGUGCAGAGAGAGAAAGAGAGUUCCAGCCAGUGUAUUUACACUUGCAGGCCCAGCUGGUGAAGGACAGACACUCUUUGGUGCGUAUGGGGAGUCUGUACUCGGACGAGGAGGAGGAGGUGCUGGAGGCGCCUCCGGAGAAGGUCCAGAUGACUUGGACAAGAGAGAAAUGCGAGGCCGAGAGGAGGAACAAGAAGAACGCGCCCGAGAACUUCAGAGAGCUCAUGAGCCUCAAACCGGAUCAGUCCAACGUGCGGCGGAUGCACACGGCCGUGAAGCUGAACGAGGUCAUCGUCAACAGGUCCCACGACGCUCGACUGGUGCUCCUCAACAUGCCGGGGCCGCCUCGCGACGCCGACGGGGACGAGAACUAUAUGGAGUUCCUGGAGGUCCUGACUGAAGGUUUGGAGCGAGUGCUGCUGGUCCGAGGCGGAGGUCGGGAGGUCAUCACCAUCUACUCAUGAUCGAUUAUCAUCACAUCGGCCUCCUCUGAACACAUGUCACCUCCGGACAGGAGGCAUCCCCCGCUGGCUAGAUGCAUUGGAGUCGUCACUUUAGUUGUGAAGUGUGUUUUUCAGUACAAAAGGAGUAUUCUAUUCUUGUAGAAUAUUGGCACACGUUAGUGCACAUGUCCACCUUCUUUCUUUACAGAUGAAAUGCUCAGAAAUCAAGACUUGUGUGUCAAACACAAACUUAUAGGUCAUAAAAACCUCCUCACGUGUGAUAAUCAUCCACCUAUAUUUGACAGACGUAUUUUGAAGAGUUUUGAUAGUAUGACAGAUUUUAUAUUUUGAUUACUCUGGAAGCACAUCUCUAUUUAUUUAUUUAUCCCUGCUUUGGUAAAGACGUGUGGAUCAUGAACACAUUGCCAGAGAUCACAAAGAAAGUUUUUUUUAAAAGAGUUAUAAUUUAUGAUUUUUUUCUUGUUUACAGAUAAUUUUGCUUAUAGAGAAAAAUUGAUAUGAACCGUUACAUUUGUACCCGAAAAGCGUAUCUUCACACACACAAAAAAAAGCUUAAUUUAAAGGUGUAGUCCUUUUUAAGGAUUUCAAUGAAGUCAACCACCCCCCCCCCCCCCCUCGCUCCCUUUUUGGAGAUUACUUAUGGUCUGCAUUUCAUAACCAUUUGAUAUCUUCACACCGAUCAUAAAUACCAUUCCAGAUGGAAUUUCUCCAUCCCGAGUGGAGGAGUCUGCAGGAUUUAAAUUGGCUCACUUUCCUCGACUUGAGUUCUUUGGAUUGUUCUGUAAACACACACACACACACAUACACACACACACGUCAGCUGGUAUUAUGCAAUGACCACGUAGCCGCUCAACGAGUGUUUGCUGCAUUAAACUCGGCGUUGAGGCCAAAUCAAG